CUCAGUUAUGAAGCAGAGUCAUACACCUGAGGUCAGCUCUUUUGUCUUUCAUUCAUCCACUGCUCAAAUAUCCAUCAUUUGAAAACAAAGGAGACAAUAAAAGACAAAACCCAGGUGAUGUAAGUGUGAAACACGUGCAGGCAGGCAGUAAAAGGCUCAGUGUUGCACAACAAGCUCCUCUUAACGCAGCCGAAGCCCUUCCUCGACAGCAGUGUUUGUGUCAUCACAGAACAGAAAGGAUAACUUGUCUAAAAAUGGCCAAACACAGCAUCAGCCUUGUGGUUGCCAUCGUGCUGUCACUGAUUGUCUUCAUCAUCACCAUGGUGUUCACUGCGUUGGCCGGUCCGGGAAUAGAUCCCUUUUUGGAGACCACCAAAAACAUCUCAGAUGCGUUUGUGACUGAGAUCACUCCGGAUGGAUGGACGUUCAUCAUUUGGUCCAUCAUUUACAUCUUCCUGGCUUUAAUCAUGGUCUACGUCAUCGCUGGCAUCUUUAGGAAGAAUGCAUACGGUCUGGUGUACUGCAGCCCGGCCAUUCUGCCUCAUGGAUUCUUCGUGACUUGGUGUUUGAAUCUGACCCUAAACAUUUCAUGGUUGUUCCUGUGGGACAGAAAGUUGAUGGUUGGUGCGCUUGUUUUCCAUCUCAUCGCCCUCACCAACUACCUCAUGAUAUUCUUCUCCUGCCACGGUCUCAACAACUACGGAGCGUGGCUUGCAAAGUACCACAAAGUAGACCUGUGGCUUCACCGUGUGGUGGUUCAGAACGGUAUCGCCGUAUACGCAACAUGGACCACCAUCGCCUCCCUGGUGAACCUGGCCAUCGUGCUGAAUGAAGAUGCUAACAUGUCCACGACGGACGCCGCACCGUCUCACUCUCUGUGCUCACUGUGGUGCUGUUAGUGUGGACUGUCCUUGAAAACACCAUCCUGGACAAACAUGUCAGGUACAUCCUCAUCAUCUACCCCGCUGUGAUCUGGGCGCUGACCGGAGUGUUCACCAAAAACUACAACUCUGCAGAGCCUUCACGUAACAACACCUUCAUAGUGGUGCUGCUGGCUCUGGCCUGCACCGUGUGUGCAGCACGGAUAGGUCUGGUCGUCUGGAGACACAUCAAGAAGCCGCUUUAUGAGGACAUCAAUCCAGAGAGCAUGACUCCUUUGGAGAUCGCCGACAAGCAGAAAAAGAUAUUCAAAUAAGAGACUAUACUCCUGAUAAACCUGUCUGUCAGUAUUGUUUCUGUAUGAUCUGUAUAUAUUGUGAUCUAUGACUGCUUUGCACUGCUGCCACACAAUGAAGCCUCUUAGAAUAAGCACGUGAUAUAAUACUGAAGUCUAAUUCAACUUAAUGUAUUCCUCAUCUUUCCUAUAGGCCUGUCGUUCAUAUCAAAAAGGGUUUCAUGUUUAUUUUUGU